CACUGCUGUCCAGUCGCACUGGCCCGGCAGCGCCUGCGCAAUGGGCCUGCCGUAGGGGGCGGGAAUCGGUUCUGGGCAGCAGAGCCCAUGUCGGCCCUGAGGCGCUCGGGCUACGGCCCCAGUGAUGGCCCGUCCUGCGGUCGCUACUAUGGGCCGAGGGGUGGGGAUGUGCCGGUGCACCUCCCUCCGCCUAUGUACCCUCCUCUUCGUCCCGAAUCUCCCCAGCCCCCCAUUUCCUGGCGGGUGCGCGGGGGCGGCCCUGAGACCACCUGGCCCGGAGAAGGCGGAGGUGGCGAGGGCUACUAUUCCUCUGGGGGCGCCUGGCCGGAGCCGGGUCGAGCUGGAGGAAGACACCAGGAGCAGCCACCAUAUCCUGGCUAUAUUGCUAACUACUGGAAUUCAGCUGCACGACCAAGGGCCCCAUACCCAAGUACAUAUGUUGUGCGACCAGAGUUACAAGGCCAGAGUUUGCAUUCUUAUGCAAAUGGAGCAUAUGGUCCACCAUACCCCCCUGGUCCUGGGACAAAUACUGCCUCCUACUCUGGGGCUUACUACCCACCUGGCUAUAGUCAGACCAGUUACUCUACAGACAUGCCAAGCGCUUAUCAUUCACCAGGCAACAGCCCAAGCCCAGUCUCUCGUUGGAUGUAUCCACAGCAGGACUGUCAGAAUGAAGCGCCACCUCUUAGGGCACAGGUUCCAGGAUAUCCUGCUUCACAGAACCCUGGAAUGACAAUGCCCCAUUACCCUUAUGGGGAUGGUAAUCGUAAUGUUCCGCAAUCAGGACCAACUGUACGACCCCAGGAAGACACGUGGGCUUCUCCAGGUGCGUGUGGGAUGGGGUCCCGUUACCCCUGGCCUUCAGCUGUGCCCUCAGCACCACCCGGAAAUCUCUACAUGACUGAAAGUGCUUUGCCGUGGCCUAGCAGCGGCUCUCCUCAGCUACCUCCUUCACCACCCCAGCAGCCCAAGGAUUCCUCAUACCCCUAUAGCCCAUCAGAUCAAGGCAUGAACCGGCACAACUUUGCUUGCAGUGUCCAUCAGUAUGACUCGUCGGGGACAGUGAAUAACGAUCAUGCAGACCCUUUGGAUUCCCAAGUGCAGUACAGUGCCGAGCCUCAACUGUAUGAUAACACCUCCACUGAACAGCCCAGCAGUCAAGAGCAGAAUAGUAAUCUCCCUGAAGAGGGUUUAUCUUCAGACAAAAGUACUCCUCCAAGUAUAAAAAAAAUCAUACACGUGCUAGAGAAGGUCCAGUAUCUUGAGCAGGAAGUAGAAGAAUUUGUAGGAAAAAAGACAGACAAAGCAUACUGGCUUCUUGAAGAGAUGCUAACAAAGGAACUUUUGGAACUCGAUUCCGUGGAAACUGGGGGCCAGGACUCUGUCCGGCAGGCCAGGAAAGAGGCUGUUUGCAAGAUCCAGGCCAUACUGGAAAAAUUAGAAAGAAAAGGAUUAUGAAGGAUUUAGAAUGAAUUGGAAGCCUGUUACUUGGCCAAAGAACUCUUGAUUUGGGUUAGUUACUGAUGUUUUGAAAUGCCCGUUGAUGACAUGAAGCAAUACAUUCCAACUUUCCUUUGAUUUGAAAUUUGAAAAACUGGCAAAGGAAUAGAAGAGUAUUUCAUCUAGAAGUUUUUUCAGUUUUCAGACGAAUGAAUGUAAUAGGAAGCUAUGGAAUUGUCAGUUUUUGCCAAGUAGACUCACUUCUUCUUAAGAAAUUUAUAGAUAUUUGCAAGCUGUUUCUUAUCAUCAGGAAGGGAAAAUACUUUGUGUAACAGGCUAUCAGAAACCUAGGAGAGAAAACUGGAUAUAAUCUGAGACAAACAGGUUCUGUUUUUGUAAACAUAUGAAUAACUUGUUACAUUUUUGUACAUUGUGACUGCUUUGAGCUGCCACUUCAUGUGUAAAUUACAGCUUAGACUUUAGCCUUCUUGGACCUCUGUUUUGUUUUGUUUGUUAUUUGCAAUUCACAAAUACAGUAUUCUCUACUUCUUGGUA